GAAGUCACGUGGGCGAGCGGGCUCACAUGACUGGCCGCGCGAUGGACCAGCUGCCCGCCGCGGCAGUCGGGUCAGCCGCUGAGUCGGAGGCUGACGAGGAGGCUGAUGCCCCGGCGACAGCUGUAAGGGCAGGAAACACAGCCAUUUUAAAAUCCUGGAAUGCUGAGUCAUUCACACCGAACCUAGGCACCAUCGGCUUUAGAAUAUUGCCAGCACUGCGCCGAGAGCUCCUUUAAGAAUCACAGGCUCGCCAGCUCUCCCAGUCAUCGAGUCGGGGGGAUCGAUGCAGAUGCCCCAGGGGAACCCGCUGCUGCUGCCCUACACCCUGCAGGAGCUGCUGGCCAGGGACAGCGUGCAGGUGGAGCUCAUCCCGGAGAAGAAGGGCCUCUUCUUGAAGCAUGUGGAGUAUGAGGUGUCCAGCCAGCGCUUCAAGAUCUCCGUAUGCCGUCGGUACAAUGACUUCGUGGUCUUCCAUGAAAUGCUGCUGCACAGGUUCCCGUACCGAAUGGUGCCAGCCCUUCCGCCCAAGAGAGUGCUGGGAGCCGACAGGGAAUUCAUCGAGGGCCGGAGGAGGGCCCUGAAGCGCUUCAUCAACCUGGUGGCCAGGCACCCCCCGUUCUCUGAGGAUGCCACCCUCAGGCUGUUCCUCUCAUUCAAUGGCCCAGAUGUGCAGAAUAAGCUUAGGGAAGCAGCCCAGGGUGUUGGGGACGAAUUCCUGAACUGUAAGGUGGCUACUAGAGCCAAGGACUUCCUCCCACCUGACAUCCAGACUCAGUUCGCCAUGAGCCGGGAGCUCAUUCGCAACCUCUACAACAGCUUCUACAAGCUGCGGGACCGGGCCGAGCGGAUUGCGUCCAGGGCCAUUGACAAUGCAGCCGAUCUUCUCAUAUUUGGGAAGGAGUUGAGUGCCUUAGGGUCUGACACGACCCCACUGCCCUCCUGGGCCACUCUGCACCUGAGCACCUGGGCCUCGCUGAAGCAGGCUCUGAAGGGCCUGUCUGUGGAGUUCGCGGUGCUGGCAGACAAAGCUGCGCAACAGGGCAAACAGGAAGAGAAUGAUGUGGUGGAGAAGCUGAACCUUUUUCUGGAUUUGCUUCAGGCCUAUAAAGACCUGUGCGAGCGGCAUGAGAAGGGUGUGUUGCACAAGCACCAGCGGGCCCUGCACAAGUACGGGCUGAUGAAGAGGCAGAUGAUGACUGCCACCGCACAGAACUGUGAGCCCGAGUCUGUGGAGCAGCUCGAGUCCCGCAUUGUGGAGCAAGAGAAUGUGAUCCAGACCAUGGAGCUUCGCAACUACUUCUCCCUGUACUGCCUGCAUCAGGAGACGCAACUGGUCCACGUGUAUCUUCCCCUCACCUCCCACAUCCUCGGGGCCUUCGUGAACUCUCAGAUCCAAGGGCACAAGGAGAUGAGCAAGGUGUGGAACGACCUGAAACCGAAGCUCAGCUGUCUCUUUGCUGGACCCCACAGCGUGCUGACUCCGCCACGUUCUCCUGCAGAGGACAGCCUGUGUCCCCGCUAGUGCCUAAGGCCAUAGCGGAGCUCCCUGUGACUCACUAAAACCUCUUUCCAAAUGGUGUGUCCCUGGCUAAUUCCCUUUGGAUGGCGGCCGCUGCCCCGUGGUGCCUGGAGGGGCUGAAGCAGAGGAGCUCAUGCUGUCCAGGUCUGCGGGGGCACAGCCAGCUGUCUCCACCCUGUUCCUGGGUGGGAGGCUGCACUCCUGAUCACCCCUGUGGCCUGUUGGCCCGGUGGAGAUGUUGGGGUUCUCUGGGAUGGGUUUCUCUGGGUGGCCAGAGUUGGGGGGGCAAGGGUCAUUCCCACACUGCAAAUCAUUCCUGGGGGGCACUAGGGGUCCCCGGGUACCAGAACAGUCCAGAGUGCUAGCCUGGAGCAGGGGUCAGCCGAGCAGGGGAAAGGGCAGACAGGACUGACCUGUAGGCAGGCAGUCAUCAGGUGAGGAGAUGGCCAGUCUCUGAUGGGGAAAGGUCAGACUGUGGACUCGGGCCCCAGACAUAGGUGGCUGGGUCACUGCUAUGUGCAUCAGAACAGAAGGUGAGGCAGGAAGGCCAGCUGGUGCAGAAUGUCGCUGGUAGAGUGUAGGAGUGCAGGAGAUGCUCCAGUGAGUCCCGCAGAGCCUGGGCUGGGGCUGCCCUCUAGGCCAGGUGUCCCGAGCUGCCCUCUGCAUGCAUCCAUGAUCCUGGGGGCCCCAUGCGUUGAGUGCAAGAGCAAAUGCACUGAGAUCUCUGAGGUGAUGAUGUGGAGGCUGGAAGCUGCUUUUUCUUUAUUAGUCUUUGGGUGGCCAGGUUGGAGCUAGGCUGUGGGGCACUGAGGCUUGAGAGGUGGGCCAGUGGACAGGUGGGGUACAGGGUCAGGUACGGGGUAGAGGACUGCUGGCUGGGCUUUGGAGCAUCACUGGGACCAACUUUGAAACCAUUUUCCUUUUUUGGAGACUGCAGGCCCUUCCUGACUGCCCGCCCAGGGGAGGGCAUCUCAGGCUGAGGGAAGCUGGUCUCUUGCUCUGUAGGUCAGAUCUGGGUGAUGGCUGCUCUCUUUCCUGUAGUGGACACACAAGAGGGCCCCUGGCUGUCAUCAAGCCCUGUCCUCACUGGCCAGGGACAGACUGCGAAGAAGCAUGCAGCAUUUCUGCAGUUUCUUUCCUCCCAUGGUUCCUGCCUGCUUCCUAGUGCCCUUCCCGGGGUAGAGGGAGGCCCAGCUGGCUCAGAACUCCAUAGGCAGUGCUCCUCACACUGCCAGGCCGCAGGGUGAGUCAGGGGCACCCUGUUCUGGCAGAUAGCUGUGUGAGACCCACCAGGAGGAUGUGGUGGCUGUGGGGACUCAGUGCUCUGGCCAUGCGAAUGGACAGACUGGCUGUGACUUCUGCCACAGGGCUGGCCAGAGGGCAGACUGUCCCGCUGUGGUUCAGGGUGGCUUAUGCCUGUGACCCCCCUCUGCCAUGCGGCUCUGAGUUGCUCUCUGCACUGUUCCUGCAGCCCUGCUGCUGACAUGAGGCUCUGGAGCCAGGGGUGUGCAUCCCCAGGCUGGGGAGGACCCUUCCUCACUCAGGCUGAGAAGAGGCACUCAGCAGGCCUUCCGCACGGACUCGGUGUGUGCGUGUGUGCUUGGUACAGGGGAGUGAAUCCAGGGCCCAGAGUGUGCUAAGCAAGCGCUUUACCACUGCUCUACCCCUCCCUCUAGCCAAUCUGAAAAUUUUGAGAGAACAUCUUGCUAAAUUGCUCAGACUGGCCUCAAACUUUUGAUCCUCCUGCCUCAACCUCCUGAGUAGCUGGAAUUACACGUGAAUGCCUUGAUGCCUGGCCAAAGCGAACUUUACCCUUUAAAAGAACCGGCAGGGAACCUGGGGCGAGCGAGUGACUUGAGAUUGCUUAGCUGAUGGCCUCUCUCAGCAGUGAGACGGUGAGGUGAGCAGAGAGGAGACGAAAGGGGAGGAGGGCAGCCUUCAUGGCCUGCAGUGGCUCUGCGCCCCAGGGGUGGGUGUGGCUGGAAGCUUCCUCAUUUGCUGUCUGCCCUCUCACCCCUAGGUGCUCUGGGAAGGGACCUGCUGUAACUGCUAGUGCAGCACUGCAGGCUCAGGCUGGCAGUGUCCACUCAGUUUUGACCUGCUCCUGGCUCCAAGGUAAAGAUCUCAUGGUGCCAGGGGAGCAGGGGUCCUGACCCCCUUUCUGCUGUCCUGCUGCCUGAGCCUGUGUACCCCACUAUGGCCAUGCCUGGCCUGAUGGAAGGGUGCUGGGCACCAUCCUCACAGGAGAUGAGGCAUGGCAUGCAGAGUCCUGCUCUCCUGGUGAGGAAUACUGAGGGCAGCUCAGCUGGGGUCUUGGCUGGAGGGAGCUGACUGCAAGUGGAGAGUGCAGGGCAUGUUUCUGUCAGGCCCACCAGAGUGGUGGUGUGGGGCUGGGUCUGAGGCCAUGCAGGAAAGGAUUGCUGUGGGCCUGCGUAGGACCGCAAGCUGAAAUCAGCACUAUUCCUGGUGCUCAAGGCCUUUUCUUGUGCUGGCCAGAGCUAGGUGUUAUGUAAGAAGCACUUUCCGUGGCUGCAGAAAUCAGUUACUGCCACAUGCAAUAAACUGGAACUGUUUACACAUGA